CCCCGCACCAACACACUCACUAUGCCAUACAGACAAGCUCUACUCGCUCUCUUAGCCCUCCCCAUCGUGGCCGUACUGCUGCGUGCUCCGCCCAAGCCGAGCCGCGAGACGGUCGUCGCACCCGCUGACGAACGUGUCGUCCUCCUCGGCGCGAGCUCGGGCGUCGGCAAGGACCUCGCGCUCGCAUACGCCAAGCGCGGUGCCCGCAUCCUCAUCGUCGCACGCCGCGCCGAGGCGCUCCAGGCCGUCGCGGACGAGUGCGCCGCCCUCGGCCUCGACAAGUCGCGCAUCCUCAUCGUCCCUGCCGACAUUACCAGCGUCGACGAUGUGAUCAAGAUCCGUGAGACGGCCGAGAAGGCAUGGGGCGGCAUCGACACACUCCACAUCCUCGCCGGCGUCCCGUCCACCCGCACCCUCCUCCAGCUUUCCGGCGUCGACCUCGUCGCCGACCCUCAGGACAAGUCUCCCAAGCCAAGGCUCGUCCCCCAGGCCAUUGGCGACAGCAGCCUCGCGCCGGCGUCGCUGCCGACCAAGGCUGGUCUCGAGAACGCCGUCAAGGAGCUGCGCGCGCUCAACGAGAUCAACAUUGUCGGUACCGUGCUGUCGCUCGCCGCCUUCCUCCCCCUCCUCUCCUCGUCGUCCAAGUCGCCGGCGGUCCACCACCUCUCGUCCGUCAGCGCCGCCAUCCCUGCACCCAUGCGCUGUCUGUACUCGGCCACCAAGGCCGGCGCGUACAUGGCCUUUGAGACGGCACGCGUCGAGUGCGAAGGGUCCGGCGUGCGCUUCUUCUCCCUCCUCCCAGGCACGAUUGAUAACGAGUUCCGCACCAAGACUGCGUUCGCGCAGACCGGCGGCAACUGCGAGGUCCACAACCGCGUCAACGGCGGCUGGGGCGACAAGCUCCUCCUGCCUCCUCGCAAGGUCGUCGACACGGUCUUACAGUCGCUCGCGCUCUCGCCCGAGCCGGCCCCACUCAUUCCCUAUCCUCCCUUCAGCUGGCUCGGCAAGCUCAAGGUGCCGCCUGCGUCGACCGUCUUCCUGCCAUGGCAGUAUGGCGCCGCAUCGAUCCUCCAGCGCACGCCUCUUGGCUACCUCUUUGUGGAGCCCAACGCCAGGAAAAAGUAUGGCAUGCGUCCAUGAAAACAUCAUGGGUGGGUAGGGUAUGGGGUAGGGUAGUUGCAUUGCCGGCAUGGAAACGCGGGCCUCCGCACUCGUGGUCUCGGCGACUGGUUUGUUUGUGUCUCGGCCGUGUUGCUCGUCGUUCCUUAGACUGUUACAGAAUGAAUACAUGUGUUUGGG